AUGAGAUUGUAUAAAAAAGGUCGCAACAUGUUCGGAUAUGACACAAACUCAGCCACUAUUGUUCUAGCAAGAACUCAACUAAACCUCCCGGACCAGACUAUCAUGACUAUUCAGUUCAACUAUUAUGACAACGAGAUUGUCUCUUCUCCUACUGUAUUAGUAAGUGGAAUUACCACAUUGGGAAUUCUGCAUGGAAUCGUUUGCUUCACAAACAAUGAAAACAGAGUGUUUCCUCCACAAUAUUUUGAAGUUAAUAAUGGCCAAUUUAAAGCGUUGGUUCAUGUAUCACCAGAUGAGCCCAACCGUUUCCGUGUCGAAGUAAUGGAUAAUGGGGUAAUUUCAAGCUUCGGGUUUCCUGAAUAUAGAAAUGGUAAACCCAAUAUUGUCGACAAAGGUCAAUUGGUCCUCACCUUCCACCCUUUGCCCCAGAAUAAACCAGUACACAUGUGUCUAAUUCGAGGCAGGGACUCCCCCAAUACGUAUGAUAUGCCACACUAUAGAUUAACUCGAGGAGAAGAACCAACUUUAGAGAAUGCAGUAAAGAAAUUGAAAGUUGCUGGUCGAUUAAUGCAAGCCUAUACGCAAGAUGAAAUGAGAAGCCUUGGAUUUAGCAACCGGUCUUUUCAAUUCGUUGAAGAAACUACUCUGGACCAAACUGUAUUUGGAUACAAGGUUCAGUCACCGGUGCCUCACCAAGAGGUUAAAGUUCAUGUUUUGACAAGUCCCAAGAGCGUUGCCGAGUUGCGGAGUCCAGACUUGGCCCAACAAAAUCCUUCAGCUAAGGAUUCGGGUGGGCUUUUUAGCCACGCAAUAGACUUAAUCAAAAAGUCAGAGAUUUAUGAUCCAAAUAGUGGCACAGCUGUUCAAUGCGCUGUUAUGUAUCUUGAUUCAACUUAUGACAAAAAAAACAAUUUGAUAUUGACCCAUGCGGCCCUUGGUGGUGGAACAAAUGAAGUUAAAUUGGCUAUAUUUGGAUCUCAUGGCUUACAUGCAUAUCCACAAAAUUUUCCUUUGGUUACACCAUCAUUCUUGGAUAGCACAAGAUUAAGCACAAAUGAGGUGGCUAAUGAUUGUAAUGAAUGUGGCACCAGUUGGGAGUGUUUGAAUAUAUGUCUUGGAGCUUUUAUGCACGAAAUUGGUCAUUUAUUGGGGUGUCCACAUCAGGUUGAUGGGGUCAUGUUGAGAGAUUAUGUUUGGUGGAAUAGAUCAUUCAUGACUAGGGAGCUCGAAUGUUUGAGAACGCAUUCAUCGGGAGAGCUAAUUGGAAAGAAUGGCCAAUGGCCCAAAGUCUGCCAUUGGAAUAGACUAGACUUGAUCCGAUUUUUAUAUCAUGAUCUGUUUUCAUUACCUAUUGAUAAGUUUCAAAAAGUGUACAAAACCACUAGGAAGCCUGACUCACUGUAUCCGGAUCUGGCAGUCCCCCUGCUGUAUGCACUGCCUGGAAAUGGUGCGGUUAUGAUGUCAGAUGCCGGAAUAUUUAUGGUAGAAAUUGUGGAUGGAGAUUUGACUCGGUAUCAUGAACCAUACUUACCAAAGGAAUAUGGUGGCGGUGGAGUGGUACAUCAAUGUCUGAUCAAUCACGAGGAUUACCUUAUCAAAUUAAGGACAGCCAAAAGAGAUGCAGGUGAAGGUUACAAGGUUAGAGUAAUGUCAUUAGCUGGCGACCUUUUUAUCAACGACUUCAAAAAGCAAUGCUCUCCUCUGGAGCAAGACAUGAUAAAGAGUGACUUUGGACUUGGACGUGGAGAGUUGACUGGAUACAAGAGUGAACUCUUGGGAUCUGCCAAGGGUGAAAUGCGAGUUGCUGCAUUUGAUUUGAGAACUGUUUAUAAAGUUCGGGUAUAUUCUGGUCGUGCUCUUGAUGGUGUUAGGUUUUAUUUCAAGAAUGGCGGAGGGACUGUCGAAAGUGUACCAAGAGUGCCACCUAGAAAUUACUUAAAGAAAGUGUUUGGUCAUGGUGACAUAUACAAUGAAGCGCGUAGUCAGGUUAAUGGCGAAGUCAAGGAUACUUCUUCAUUGGCAGGAAAGGAGACUGGGUCCUAUUCAGACUUUGAAAUGCAACAAGGAGAAGAAAUCGUAAGGUUUAACAUCAGAAAUGGUGCAUGGGUUGAUGGAAUUCAAAUUGUGACGAAUAGAAAUCGAAGCUCACCUAUGUUCGGAAAUGCCCAAGGGGGACACUUGUCCUCCCUAGUCAAACCCUCGUAUGAUGCUCGGAUUGUAGGUAUGUACUUCUACUUGGGCAGUUGGUUAGAUGGGUUAGGGAUGAUCUAUACAUAUGGUUAA